GCUACGCGUUCGCCCAACACGUGCGAGCACAAUUCUUCGCGCAGUGACCGUUGCGCGCGCGGCGUCCUCCCCUUCUAGCAUUACUCCGCUCCACUCUCGUUCGACACGCACACGUCCAUCGUCGGUGGCCCCGUAUAGACGUCCUGUCGAGUUGAGAAUCCGUUAAUAUCAAACCGAUCGCCAUGGCGGAAGAAUAUCUGUACGGAAUCGUCCUUGAGGGAGCAAACUCAACCGAGGUAUGGGAUCCCGAGCACAAGAACGACGAUGCAGAUGGUACGAACCAGCAUGGUUAUGGAGCUGAUCAGAAGCUCAUCAUCAAAAUGGCACUUUUAGGGCCAGAAGCAAAGCCUGGAGAACUCAAUGUACUACAGGUCGAAGCGACGGGACUUAAAGGACCUAUGAAAACCCCUAUCGCUCUUUUAGAGAUGGGAAAGACAGCGCAAAUUAUUCUUGAUCUUAGUUUUCCUGACCCACCAGUUACGUUUACCUUGGUUAAGGGUAGCGGGCCUGUUCACAUAGUAGGACACAAUCUUCUUGGAACACACAUGGAAGAAUUUGAUGAUAUGGAUGAAGAGUUAGAAGAUGAAAAUAUUGAUGAUGAUGAUGAUGAAAAGGAUCCUGAUGAUGAAGAGGAAGAAGAAGAUGAACCUAAGAAGAAGAAUGCCAAAUUAACAACUGCAGCCAAAUACAAAAAUCAGGCUAACAAGAACAAGAAAAAAUAAGCAUGAGCCUUAACAUAAUGGAAACACAAAAACUCUUAAGUUAGGCUAUUAUGCGUAAGUCCAUCAAUUAUCAUCCGCAUUUAUGCGAAUUUAGUAUCGUUUCAUUAGAUUAUCAGACGACACGUGUUGCGUUCCACGUUUCUAAAACACAACUGGACCAAUAAAGUACAAUAAGAUAACAGUGUAUCAUGUAUUCACAGAAUGGUAUCACGUUUUACUAGUCCACUUGUAAUGAGCCAUACACGGAUUUAAUUUAGCAGUGUAGUAUUACCACUUAAGUAAUCAAUUUUCUUUGAUUUUAUAUAUAUAUAUAUGUAUAUAUGUAUGUAUAUAUAUAUAUAUAUGCAUGUAUGUAUGUAUGUAUGUAUGUAUGUAUGUAUGUAUGUAUAUGUAUAUGUAUAUAUAUUUUUUUAAUUUUCAUUUUUUGCUUCAAUAGCAAAUACGUAGUUUCUCUGCUUGCCUUAAAGAAAUAUCCCUUAUGCUAAAUUGUAUUAACUAUAUAUGUAUAAUAUAUGGAGAAAAAAAAUUGUUAAUCAGAAAUUAUUUUUUUGACAAAAUUUUAUGAGAUUUGAACUGCUAAGGGAGAUCUUUUGAGACAAGUGGCUAGAAGCAAUCCUUUUACUUAUCUCGUUUCUAACGACGUUGAACCUACAUAGAUGCGUUUAAUGUUCUUUCCUUAUUUGAUACAUGUAAACUAUAAAAAAAAAAAAUUGUUAUUUGAAUCCGGAGGUUUUAAUGACUGAACUUUGUACGAUAUCAUAGAGAGAGAAAAAAAAGAAAGAGAGAGUGAGAGUUAAUUAAAAAUUAUGCGGUCGUUCUUGGUCCAGUUGUUGUUCGUUAAACUUGUGGAAAGCACAGACGAACUUGCAGUGAAAGAGACGUACUUGUAUUUACUUUCUGUCUUCUCUGAUACCGUGUUCACAUAAAUACACUUCCAACGAUGCAACAAAAAAUAUAUUAUCUUAUUGUAGCCAUGUAACACGAUUCAGAAAUAGUAUGUCUUUUUAAGAAAUUGCAAAGCUACUCUAUCAGCCAGUGUAAUUUAUUAUUUUCGUGUGUACAAGAUGGGGGAGAAAAGGAGAAAGUUAGUCAAGAAGAAAAACCCUUAUACCGCAGUGUCAUUAAUAAUUGUUAAAAAGAAAGAAAGAAAAGAAAAAAGAUAAAUAACAUCAGAAUAUUAAAAAAGGGAAAAAGCAUAUUCACGCGUCACCUCGAUAUUCAUUCCAUUUGAUGAAAGAUAAUAGAAGAGGGAGUUACAGGUGUACUACACAGUGUGAUGCUCUUACAUCAGUAUCAUAUGCAGAAGAAGUAUAUGUGAAGGGUGUUUGAAAUGCCCAUGCGAUUGAUAGUAGUCUGUACACCUAUUUUGUACAUAUACGAUACACAAUAAAAAAUUUCACAACUUUUAAUCAGUA